GAAGGAUCUUGCAAGACGAAAUGUCAGGGGGAGAUUGAUAACUUCGAAAUCACUUUGAGCAAUGCAUUCGGGUCAGAUCCGCCGUGGUGUUGGGCAAGUGGCAGGUUCAGCAUUGUGCAGCGAAGAGCACACUCAUUGGGAUGCGACUCGCCAGUGACUCCAGGGUGCCCCUUGUCAUCUUCUCUGUGUCAGUGCACUUUCAACUUGAUCAUUCCUGAGCAAAUGCGUUCAACGAGACGAAAUACGAGAUGAGGCAACACAAAAAAUAUUCCAAUGAAGGUACUCACUCGACAACGUCAGUGUGUGACAUGCGACGGUUUCCGGCGACAAUGUCCUAUGUACUACACGAAAAGAUCAAAACUUUCUCUUCUGUGAUGACAAGAUUUUCAGAAGCUGCUGAAACUGAAAAAGAGAAGCAAAGCUGGCCACUUUAUCAGUGGCACUCCGUGCCGGAUGAAGCUGUCAUACUGGGAGAACCCUUUGCUUGCCCCGAGUCACCAGGGGUGAACUUGGAGAAGGAGAUCCCGCCUGGGAGAAAAAGACCAGACAGGCCAUACAAAAAGGUGAAUGCGGAGGUUUGUCUUUGUCCCAACAAUCGUGACAAUGGUGAGAGACAGUGCAGUCACAAAGAGUUGAUAUGCGAGACAAUCAGCUUGAUUCAGGCCAUUGACAACUUGCGAAAGGGUGGAGGUGGGUUGUUCGACGUUUACGUGGAAAAGUUCCCACAGCUGAAGGAUUAUGUGGAACCUAUUUCAGGCACUGCAAUAGCGAACGACCAAGUUUCGCAACAGAAUUGGGCAACGCUGCUUGCUGCGGUUGAUUCGGUCAGUCGGGAAGGUUGGAAUUUCGACUUCAACGAAGCUGCUGCAGACAACGGCGAUGAGCAUUGACAUGCUCAGGGUCUGAUUGCACACUUCUGCGUCUCAUGUCGCAGACGCCAAGCAUUUCUUUGAGCGUUGCAUCGUUGAGCAAUGAAGACACCUUCACCGACCGUGAAACAGUAAAACAUGCUGUUGUCUUUUUAUCCUUUCAUAUCAAACAGUAUCAAAGAUAAUGCCGCGAACGAUUCAAACAAUGAGAUGAAGAGACAACGCAUUGAAGCGUGGCACUAUCGACCAGUUUGAUACUUGGCCAGAGCUCGUGCGCUUUACCUGGAC